AUGUGGAAAACAUGUAUUUCCUUGAUUUGUAUCAAAUUGGAUCAAAGACAGGUUAAGGGACCAAAUGGUGAACAGAUCCAUGAUGUCCGUGAUAAGAUAAGUGAAAAGCACGAGUUUUUGUCUUACCAUCAAGGAGUUUAUCGUUUUUGUUUCACUAACAAGUCCCCCUAUCAUGAAACCAUAGACUUUGAUGUGCAUGCUGGCCACUUUACAUACCACGAUGAGCAUGCUAAAGAUGAGCAUUUCAAACCUCUCCUUGAACAUAUUGGGAAGCUAGAGGAAGCUUUGUAUAAUAUUCAGUUUGAGCAACACUGGCUCGAGGCUCAGACUGAUCGUCAGGCAAUAGUGAAUGAAGGAAUGAGCAGAAGAGCUAUCCACAAAGCUAUUUAUGAAUCAAUUGCUCUAAUUGGGGCUUCUGUUUUGCAAGUCUACAUCUUGCGUCGUUUAUUUGAGCGAAAGCUCGGGGCAUCUAGAGUUUAA